UGUCCGUUUCGGCGGGAAAUAGUAAGUUUUGCGUGUUUUGUUGUGUAUGAGAUGUUUGACGUUAGACUCUCAAUAUUAAAAAAAGAUUUAAUGCCACUAAAUUAAGGAUUAAAAUUAUUUUAUCAUUAAAUUUCGUUUUAUUUUUUUGUACACAAUGUCGAUCGCAACGCUUACAUCUAUACAGCAAGAGAUUGUUAAAGUUAUUAAAAGAUUUAAAUUUGAGGAAUUAGAGUUAUCGAUAAUGCCAAUUUUUCCAGAGAUGUCAUGGGAUAAUGUAAGAUCUGAAUUAAUUAAACAUCAUAAAAAUUUUACAUCUGCUAAUGUAGGACAAGUUAUUAAAAUGAUUAUUACUAUACAAGUUGGCACAGUUAUAAAAAGAUGUGGUAUGGCUAUACAUUAAUAGGUUCUAAUAAAUCUGCAAAUUAUCUUAUAAUUAGAAAGAUUCAAAAUAACAUGAAAGAUAAUUUUAAUUCAUUAAACAUGAAAAUUAAUUUAAAAAUAUAUACACAUAAUGAUAUUACAUAUAUCUCUUUAGUAGAAACAAAAAGAAAGAAUAAACAAAAUAAAGUUCAACAUGCGAUGUUCUGUUGUGCUUUAUUUAUGGGUCAAAAAUAUUUCUUUUCUACAAAAAAAAAUAUCUCGUCUGAUAUCUUAAAUGCAAUAGCAAGAAGCUUGGGUUAUGAAGAUGUCAAAAGAUUAAAAUUAAUGGGUAGAGACCUUAAAUCUUUGAGUAUAUUAUGUUGGAAGAGGAAAGAAGGGGCAAUAAAUUCUCAGAAUAUUAAUAAAACUUUGGUAUAUGAAGAUGGUAAUCCUGAUAGGAAGAAGACAGGUGUAGAUUUUACUCAACAAAAGCAGCGGAAAAAGUACGCAGAUUCAUGUUUUGGUGAUAAUCCUCCAGUUUUAGAAGUUGUUGUCGUAAAUGGGCCUACUUUACCUGUAUCACAUGAAGAUAUAUCAAAAAAAUUGCCAAAUAUAAACAUACAAGCAACAUGGGAAUUUCGUAGUCAAAAUAUUGCCGCAUUUUUAUCAAAAUUAAUAGAACGACGUAUACUUGUUACACCUGUGCCUCAUUAUAUAUCAAAUUUAAUGAUAUUAGGAAAAAAUGAAUUGACACUUAAAAGUGAUCAAUAAUUAAUAUUUAACAUAAAAAAGUGAUGCAGGCAAAGCUUGCUUGUCAUAUUAAUUAUAUAACAGACAAAUUGGUAACAAAGUAUUACCAUUAUAUGUAAAAAUGUAAAAUAAUUUAUCCUGUUAUUGUUUUUAAUAUUAAAUAUUUCAAAUUUUUGUAUUUCAAAAUAGUUGAAUAAAUAUAAUAAAUAUAAUGAAAUGUAAUUUUGAUAUAAUUAAAAAUAAAGGAACAUGGUACAUCUUUUUAUUCUUAUUAAUUGACAAGAUUAAAAAAUGCGUUUAUCUGGU